AUGAACACUGCCGCGCGCGCUGGCGGAAAGUCUCUGCGUCAAGGGUUUCUGAAUGCCGGUCGUAACGCCGUCGCGGAAGACAGAACCCAUGUACAACUACGAGGCCUUCCAAAGACUGCCUUGCCUUCCGACGUCCUUAGAUUAAUUGCUCGAAAUAGGGUGGAGAACGUAACUGGCGUUGCUAUUGACUACAAUGGGUUCAAGCCUACAGGCCGCGCGUAUGUGAAGAUUGCAUCGCCGGACCUCGUGCAAACAGCAUUGGAGCGUCUCGACUCGUCAACCAUGGCUGCCAUGACAGUACGUGCCGUGUCCACACCUGGCGUGGAUCUAGCCCGAAGAUCCCGAGGUGCGAAAGGAGUCGAAGAAGCAGCUGAACGUGGCGUCAUCUCUGGAAACGGUCCAAGCGGGGGGUUACCGCCGUCACAAUCGGGGAUGAACGUCGUUGUCUUUGGUCUGCCCUCGAAAAUGGAGCUUGAAAAGGUCAAGGCGUACUUCGAUGGGUUUGAAUUCGCAUCCAUGACUCGGGGCGACAAGGAGGUUAUCCACGUCGCUCAGCACGAAAAGGUGCCAAGUUCACGAUACCUCGUUCGUCUGGCUUCAGUGUCGGAGGCCCAUCGAUUCGUACGGCAUGUGCAUAUGACAUACUUCGAUCAAGAAGCAUGGGGCGGGCGAUACCUCAUGAAAGCAAAAGUGAUUUACUGA